AUGUUCGAGCUUCUUCUGGAGGUCGCGGUUAGCAUUUUUAUCUGCGCCGUCUUGGCGUACCACGUCUUCCUCAGCGUCUCCGUGGAGGAGCGCGCCGCGGGCGAGGAGGCGGGCGCCGCCGCGGGGGACGGCGGCGGCACUCGCCACGCGGGCGGCGCGGGCGGCCACAACCUGCGGAGUCCACCGCCGCUGGAGCGGAGCCGCAGGUGCGAGGGGGCGAUGUGGUGCAACGUGCUGGGGCGCUGGGCGGCGCUGCUCGUGCUGGGCGGCGGCUCCAUCGACAAGGAUGUCUGGACCGACCGCAUCGCCUACUUUAUUGAGAAGGGCGCAAAGCGGCUUGACGGGGCGCUAAAGCGGCGCGGGAACGGAGGAGGCGGCGGCGUCGCGGGCAGGGAAACCGGGGAGCGAACGUUGCGCGUGAGCGCCGACAGUCUCCGAAUGCUGCGCCUUGAGCUCGGUGGCGGUGGGCCCCUGAACGGCGCGCCGAGCCCGCAGCACAAACAGCAGCAGCAGCAACAACAACAACAACAGCAGCAGCAGCAGCAGCAACCACAGUACGGCGCGACGCAGCAGGUCCCUGGGCUACACCACGCGCGUACAAACAGCGACGGGGUCCGCGCAGGUUGCGUCUAUUCCGAGUCGUCCGAAAGCGCUGGGGCGACGUCGUCACCGAUCGGUGUCGUGUUGCCGCGCAUUGCGUCUGCUGGAAUUGUCUCGCUGGAGGCCCCGUACAACGCAUCUUCGUAUGAAACGACGGUAGAGGGGGGCGCAGCGGCUGCAGCAGCAGCCACAAUGCCAAUGGAAGCUCGACAUUCGCUGCGGUGUUUUUCGGUGCCACUCAUAUACGAGGACCAUCACUUUGCGCUGCUGCUGCUGUGCAAUAUUCCCCUGCUGCUGGCACUGCCGCUGGAGCUGAAAAUUCCGGCGGAUGUGUUGACGCUUCGGUGUGCCCUGUCCGUGCGUCGGGUUGUCUUCGACGGCGUGCUGUACGCCGCCUUUUACGGCAACCUGGUGGAGCUUAGCUUUGCGAGAGAGCCGCAAUUCACCGCCUCCUUCGAGGUCUCCUCUGCGAAGGGCCUUCGCCGACAGCAGCCGCAGCCGCAGCCGCAGCCGCAGCGCCCGCACCUCCCCCAGGUCUCGCCCAGCGGCAGCGUCCGAGGCGCGGCGGGGGGCGAGACGCCUGCCUCCCUGCCGCCGCUGCCGCCAGCCACGGCCUGCAACCCCUUCAGUGUGGGGCACCGCUUCAGGGAGAAGCUUCAGGAGAUUGUCGAACUGGCGGUGAAGCGGUCCGUGCAGUCGAUCACGUAUCCCUGUGUGCUGCAGGGCGUGGUGGGGGAGGCGAGCCGCAGACCGGCAACAAAUGGCGGGGCCGCCGGCGACGAUCUUUUUGCGUCAACUCACGACGGCGGGCUAGUGACGUGGUCCUUGGCGAAGGCAACGCUGCCGCUCUGCUGCUGA